UUUACAAAAGGUAACACAAAUGUUUUCUCUGUCUUCCUGCCCCAUCCUUUAGGAUUUUUAGAUGUGCCCUGAUGCCGCAGGGUCUCCUCGCUCCUGGAAAUGCAGCUCUCUUCCAGUGUGGCUGAACUCAGUUGUGACGAGACGAUGGACCCACCCGCUGAGGACUUCCAGCAGGUCCUGUCCAUUGACCAAAUCCGCUCCAUCCGUGCCAGCAACAACUACGUGGAGAGACCGGCUGUCUGCUUCCAGCAAGCCCGCUCCAACCCAUCCCUGUCCCAGCCACCACACAAGCAAGAGUGGUCCCAGGACCGCCUGGUGUCUUCCACCUUCCAGGACCUGCCCCGCAGCCACAGCCAACAGCACCAGAUGCCACCUUUGCAGCAACACAUGAGCCAUUCCAGCACGGCCAGCUCCGUCUCCCAAAGCACCACCGCCUCCGACCAGCGCCUCCUGAGCAGCCUCACGCCCUCCCACUCCGGGCACUCCCUCAUCCGGACGCAGCCCCGGGCCGGCGAGUUGAAACUGGAGGAAUCGCCGCUGAAGGGGGUGGCGGAGAAGCCCACCCUCCACACCGGCCACCUCUUCAUCUGCGAGGAGUGCGGGCGAUGCAAGUGCGCCCGCUGCACGGCCGCCCGCAGCCUGCCCUCCUGCUGGCUCUGCAACCAGCGCUGCCUCUGCUCCCCCGAGAGCCUCCUCGACUACGGGACUUGCCUCUGCUGCGUCAAGGGUCUCUUCUACCACUGCUCCACCGACGACGAGGACACCUGCGCCGACGACCCCUGCUCCUGCGGGCCGGGGUCCUGCUGUGCCCGCUGGGCUGCCAUGAGCUUCCUCUCCCUCCUCAUGCCCUGCCUCUGCUGCUACUUUCCUACCCUGGGGUGCCUCAAACUUUGCCAGCGGGGUUAUGAUGGCCUGAAACGACCCGGCUGCCGCUGCCAGAGCCACACCAAUACAGUUUGCAGAAAGAUCUCCUCCUCCAGCGGCACGCCUUUCCCCAAGACGCUGGAUAAGCCGGUAUGACCCUCCCGGGGAGGAGAAGCAGGCUUUACUGCUCUUCCUCCUCCUCCGCCUCCUCCUCCUCCUCCUCUCCCCUCCAUCCCCCUCCUCCUUCGGCUCCCUCCGCUCUGCAGCACUCCCCGCUACCCACCAUCACCUCCCGGGAAUGAGACGGGUGAACUGGGUGUCCCCCAGCCUCUGGGAGCACGAAGGCGGCUGGGUGGCCAGGGAAGCUGGCACCAAGCUGGUGGGAAACGGUGGUUUUGCACACGCGGGCGAGGGACCAGGAGAGGCAGAGAGAGCUGCGGGUGCCCUCCCCGGCCAUGCCCCUGCGGGGAAGGGUGACCCAGGGGGGCCUUGGGACUCUGGUCUCAGAGGGUUUUAGGAGCUGCCAUUGCCCCAUGGUGUGGUCCUUCCUGAUGGGGGGAAGAGGCAGGGCGACGCAUCCCCUGUGCAAGAGGCCUCUGGGAGCCAGACCUCCUUCUCUCUCUCUUUAUCUCUCUCCAGCACUUUUCGUGGGUGGCCUCUCUCCUCUCAUGUGGCCGUAGGUCUGCUUUCCCCAAGGGGCUGGGGUGCCGUGGGGUCCCACUGGUGGCAGUGGCUUCCCUCUGGGCUUGGAAGCCGCUGGGAGAAGCAAGCGAGCUUCAAAAUGAGGUGGCAUCGUAUUUUUCUGUCUCAAAGAGGAAGGGAAGGUGUGGGAAGCUUUAGAAACCUUCUGGCAGGGGAAGGAGCUAUCGGAGGCAGCCCAGCCCACUCGCUUCUGCCCGACUGCAGCAAGGGAAAGGUCCCCUCUGGGAUUUGGCUGAGAACAAGAAGCUGGUUUGAAAUUGCCAUUCAUUUCUCAAUGCCUUGAAGGGCUGCCUCCAGAGCGCAAACCCUGGCGGGAUGGGAGCUGCCGCCCAGCUCCAGCCCACCACCAAGCAGAUGCCACAGGCACCGGCUCCGUGCUCGAGCCCUGAGAGCCCCUCUCUGGUACCUUCCACCAGCACUGAAUUAACUUUAAAAAAAAAUACCCCAAACCCAGCUGUCAACAGCUGCCACUCGCACUGCUCUCCCUGUCGAUUAGCACCAAUGCUGGGGGACUCCCCAGCGGGGACUUCUGCAGCUCCUGCUUUGGGCUGGAGGGAAACAGAGAGCAGAAGGGGGUGUCGAAAGACGGGAGCCCGACCUUCCCUCCCUGCAGAAGUUGCCUUUGAGUCCUCACCUUGCUUUCCUUGGCCCACCGGCGUGUCACACCAACACCAGCGUCACGCCGGCAGGCAAACCCUGCUGGCACUUGCUGAGGGUAUUCUGCAACGGCGGCUGCCUGCGGCAAACUGGAGAUGGGUCUGAACCAAGCCCUGGGGCUGGGCCACCUGCAGACUAGAAGGAAACCUGAAUCGGGGUCAGUGCUUCAUGAUUUACUUGCUGUGAUGAUAAUAAGCCCAACCCGUCGCUGCAGUUGGGGGGAGCUCCUCCUGGUCAUGGACUCAGCCCCAUCUCCGCUUGCAAACGCGUGGCGCCAGCUCUCAGUUGUGACCCCGCUGACGUCGGCCGAUCGGUCGGGGGAGUUUGGAGCUGGGAUGACGUCCCAGUGCUCGGCUCUGCCUGCCUGUCCCUCCUCCGAGGUGUGUGAGUGCAGAGGGAAGCGAAUGGUUCCCCUGGAGAAAUCUAUGCGACAUGUACCUUGGCUUCCUCUAAGACCCUGCCAUCCGGGGCGCAUCCGUCGCCUUCCCUCAGCCACCUCUUUACGUAGAGUUCUGUGGAUCUAUUUUUGUAUAUAUAAAUAUAACGUUAGGACGGCUAGGUCUAUUACUAA